UUAGAUACUGAAAGUCUGUAAAAACUUUCUCAAGCGUCUGAACGGUGCGAAUCACUUCUACAGGACAACUAACUAGUUAACAAUAGAUAAACUUCAGCAGCGCGCGCGCGCACACACAUCUUAAAAUCAAUGGAAAUUAACUGUUAAAAGUAUCAAUCAAUUGCAUGCUUGAUAGUAAUGACUUAUCAAAGAUAUUUAAACAGAAGUGUAUGAAGUUUCCAAAAAUCUAAACUCGAAUGAAGGGACUUUUUUGAGCAUGCAAGUAUCCACUGUGAAAUUUUUAAACUCUAAAAAUAAGCUAAACAGCAAGAGAAAAAAGCGCGUAAUCGUACUGUCUUAUAAAUUCACUGGCGGAAAUAAAUCUGUCCAACUGGACCUUUUAAAGUGUAAAGUGACAGUGUGACAGAUCAACAGUACUAAUAAACAUCAAGUGAUCAGCAGCUGUGGGUGAAACAGAUGCUCGGCAUCAGCCUGUCCCACAGUCCACGUGCACGUGCGGGAGCGCGAGACGAGGACACGCGUGAGGGUGGGAGGACGCAGAACUCAAUAGUGUGAUGGUGUAAAUGUCCGGGAGUCACAGCUUGGACUCUUCUAACAGGGUAAGUCUUUAAUAUCGCUUUACUCUUGAUCAAUAUGGGCUUUAAAACAAGAGCGCGUGCACUUUUAUUACACGAGCUGCGUGAAUGGCGCCUGAGUCGUGUUUUUAUGUACAUGUUGUAGUGCGUUCACGAAACUCUUUCUCGGUGUGUUUAUAAGUUGAACGGCAUGCAUGAGAAUCUAUCACACAUCAGCUGCAUUUUCUUACAGUCGGAUAUGCUGAAGCCGGGUGAGCCCAGCGGUUCUGCUUUCCUUAAAGUGGACCCAACUUACAUCCAGCACUGGCAGCAGCUGUUCCCGCAGAAAACAGCCGGCGGGCCGCUGGAGAACCUCCGCCAGAGACCCAACCUCAUCUCUUCAACCUCAUCGUCCUCGUUACCGGCAUCCUCGAGCACGCCGUCCUCUGUAGCGGGGUUGAGUCAGCUCGCGCUGUUCGGACAGACCGACACCAGCAGCGGUUCGGCUCAGAACAGAGAACUUUGCUCGUCGUCAAACUGUAAGAAUGAUCGGGUGUCGCGCGUGAAGCUGACUUCAGAAGAACUGGACUUCUACCUGUACGGCCAACAGAGGAUGGAGAUCAUCCACAGCGGAGACCUUCAUAACCGCUGUGACAUGUGUGCAGACAACCGUAACGGCGAGUGCCCCAUGCACGGACCCCUGCACUCGUUGAGAAGGUUGGUGGGGACCAGCAGUGCCUCCGUGGCCGUUCCUCCCCCAGAGGUCCCGGAGUGGUUGAGGGAUUUGCCUCGCGAGGUGUGUUUGUGCACCAGCACCGUCCCGGGUCUGGGCUACGGCAUCUGUGCGGCUCAACGCAUCCCACAGGGCACAUGGGUCGGGCCCUUCCAGGGUGCAUCUCUUUCUCUGGAUAAGGUGCAGUCGGGGUCCGUGCGAAACACAAGACACUUAUGGGAGAUUUAUGAUCAGGAAGGAACGCUGCAAUACUUCAUCGAUGGAAAUGAGCCCAGUAAAUCCAGCUGGAUGAGGUACAUACGCUGUGCCAGACACUGUGGGGAACAGAACAUGAUGGUGGUGCAGUACAGGUCAUGUAUUUUUUAUCGAGCCUGCACAGAUAUUCCUCGAGGAACGGAGCUUCUGGUUUGGUACAAUGACAGUUACACAUCUUUCUUUGGUAUCCCGCUGCAGUGCAUCGCUCAGGAUGAAAACUUGAAUGUGCCGUCUACUGUAAUGGAGGCCAUGAGUCGUCAGGAAACACUUCAACCUUUCAAUAAGAGUCCCAAAUCCUCUUCUGUGGUUCUGCCGCGCUCAAUGGUGUUUCCACAGUCGCCCUCCUCACGGAGCUUCUCGCUCUUGGACAAGAGCAUCCACAGCGAGUCCGCUUUAAACCAGAUGAGCUCCAAAAACCAGCGAGUGCUGGCGAGUCCCACGUCCACCAGUCAGCUGAGCUCGGAGUUUAGUGAUUGGCAUCUGUGGAAGUGCGGCCAAUGCUUCAAGACCUUCACUCAACGCAUACUGCUGCAGAUGCAUGUGUGCACACAAAACCCUGACAGACCGUAUCAGUGUGGACACUGUUCUCAAUCCUUUUCUCAACCCUCGGAGCUGAGGAAUCACGUCGUGACACACUCCAGCGAUCGGCCCUUCAAGUGCGGCUACUGCGGUCGAGCGUUCGCCGGAGCCACGACUCUAAACAAUCACAUCCGCACACACACGGGAGAGAAGCCUUUCAAGUAAGUAACCGUGCGAGAGGUGCGAUCGCAGUUUCACGCAGGCCACGCAGCUCAGCAGACACCAGCGGAUGCCCAACGAGUGCAAAGCCAUCAGCGAGAGCAGCGAAUCAAUCGAGGUGGAUUAACGGAUUGACCGCGCGGAAUUACACGGCAUGAUUAAAUGUCACGGACACUUAAGCAAAACCAAAGAUUUCCUCAGAGAAACACUCAAUCACACGCGCAAAACCAAAAGCACUAAUAAAAUAAGUGAGAUGUUAAGAGAUAUCGA